GUUUUUGCCCCUCUCCCUCCCCAAUGGCUGUGUAGCAAACAUCCCUGGCGUAACUGUGGAAAGGACGAAGUUGGUCUGCAAUCACAAUUUCGUGGGUUGAGUGCACAGUUGUGAGCGCCGGGCUUGGAGAUGGAGCGGUGGUCCUCUAGGUGGAAAACGAAACGGUGGCUCUGGGAUUUCACCAUAACAACGCUCGCAUUGACUUUCCUCUUCCAGGCUAGAGAGGUCAGAGGAGGUGCUCCAGUUGAUGUAUUAAAAGCACUAGAUUUUCACAGUUCUCCAGAGGGAAUAUCAAAAGCAACGGGAUUUUGCACAAACAGAAAGAAUUCAAAAGGUUCAGAUAUUGCUUACAGAGUUUCAAAGCAAGCACAACUCAGUGCCCCAACCAACCAGUUAUUUCCAGGUGGAACUUUUCCAGGAGAUUUUUCAAUAUUAUUUACAGUAAAACCCAAGAAAGGAAUCCAGUCUUUCCUUUUAUCUAUUUAUAAUGAGCAUGGUAUUCAGCAAAUUGGUGUUGAAGUUGGGAGAUCACCUGUUUUCCUGUAUGAAGAUCACACUGGAAAGCCUGCCCCAGAAGACUAUCCCCUGUUCAGAACCGUUAACAUUGCUGACGGGAAGUGGCAUCGGGUAGCAAUCAGCGUGGAGAAGAAAACUGUGACAAUGAUUGUUGAUUGUAAGAAGAAAACCACAAAAACACUUGAUAGAAGUGAGAGAGCAAUUGUUGAUACCAAUGGAAUCACGGUUUUUGGAACAAGGAUUUUGGAUGAAGAAGUUUUUGAGGGGGACAUUCAGCAGUUGUUGAUCGUCGGUGACCCCAAAGCAGCCUAUGACUACUGUGAGCAUUACAGUACAGACUGUGAUUCCUCGGUGCCCAAGGCUGCUCAGGCCCAGGAACCUCAGGUGGAUGAGUAUGCACCUGAGGAUAUAAUCGAAUAUGACUAUGAGUAUGGGGAAGCAGAAUAUAAAGAGGCUGAAAGUGUAACAGAGAUACCCACUGUAACUGAGGAGACAAUAGCACAAACAGAGGCAAAUGUCAUUGAUUAUUUUCAAGAAUACAACUAUGGAACAAUAGAAAGUUACCAGACAGAAGCUCCUAGACAUGUAUCUGGAACAAAUGAGCCAAAUCCAGUUGAAGAAGUAUUUUCUGAAGAAUAUCUAACUGGAGAGGAUUAUGAUUCCCAGAGGAAAAAUUCUGAGGAUACUCAAUAUGAAAACAAAGGCAUAGACGGCAGGGACUCUGAUCUUCUGGUAGAUGGAGAUUUAGGCGAAUAUGAUUUUUAUGACUAUAAAGAAUAUGAAGAUAAACCAACAAGCUCCACUAAUGAAGAGUUUGGUCCAGGUGUACCAGCAGAAACUGAUAUCACAGAAACAAGCAUAAAUGGCCAUGGUGCAUAUGGAGAAAAAGGACAGAAAGGAGAACCAGCAGUGGUUGAACCUGGCAUGCUUGUUGAAGGGCCACCAGGGCCAGCAGGACCUGCGGGUCUUAUGGGUCCUCCAGGUCUACAAGGCCCCACUGGACCCCCUGGUGACCCUGGCGAAAGGGGCCCACCAGGACGUCCUGGUUUGCCAGGGGCUGAUGGUCUACCUGGUCCUCCUGGUACCAUGUUAAUGUUACCGUUUCGUUAUGGUGGGGAUGCUUCCAAAGGGCCAACUAUCUCUGCUCAGGAAGCACAGGCCCAGGCAAUUCUUCAACAGGCUCGGAUUGCUCUCAGAGGCCCACCUGGCCCAAUGGGUCUAACUGGAAGACCUGGCCCUGUGGGGGGACCUGGUUCAUCUGGGGCCAAAGGUGAGGGUGGUGAUCCAGGUCCUCAGGGCCCUCGAGGCGUCCAAGGCCCCCCUGGUCCAACGGGAAAACCUGGAAAAAGGGGUCGUCCUGGUGCUGAUGGUGGAAGAGGAAUGCCAGGAGAACCUGGGGCAAAGGGAGAUCGAGGCUUUGACGGACUUCCAGGUUUGCCAGGUGACAAAGGUCACAGAGGUGAACGAGGACCCCAGGGUCCUCCCGGCUCUCCUGGAGAAGAUGGAAUGAGGGGAGAAGAUGGAGAAAUAGGACCAAGGGGUCUUCCAGGUGAAGCUGGUCCACGAGGUUUGCUGGGACCAAGGGGAUCUCCAGGACCUACAGGACAGCCUGGUAUCGCGGGAGUAGAUGGCCCCCAAGGUCCAAAGGGGAACAUGGGUCCUCAAGGGGAGCCUGGACCUCCAGGUCAGCAAGGAAAUCCAGGACCUCAAGGUCUUCCUGGUCCACAAGGUCCAAUUGGUCCUCCUGGUGAAAAAGGACCACAAGGAAAACUGGGGCUAGCUGGACUUCCUGGUGCUGAUGGGCCUCCUGGUCACCCUGGAAAAGAAGGCCAGUCUGGAGAAAAAGGUGCUCUGGGUCCUCCAGGUCCACAGGGUCCUAUUGGCUACCCUGGACCCCGAGGAGUAAAGGGAGCUGAUGGUGUCAGAGGUCUCAAGGGCUCUAAAGGUGAAAAGGGUGAAGAUGGUUUUCCAGGAUUCAAAGGUGACAUGGGUCUUAAAGGUGACAGAGGAGAAGUUGGUCAAAUAGGUCCAAGAGGAGAGGAUGGUCCUGAGGGACCCAAAGGUCGAGCAGGUCCUACUGGAGACCCUGGCCCUUCCGGUCAAGCUGGAGAGAAGGGGAAACUUGGUGUUCCAGGAUUACCAGGAUAUCCAGGAAGACAAGGUCCAAAGGGUUCCACAGGAUUUCCUGGGUUUCCUGGUGCCAAUGGAGAGAAAGGUGCAAGGGGUGUAGCUGGCAAACCAGGCCCUCGGGGUCAGCGUGGCCCAACAGGUCCCCGAGGUUCGAGAGGUGCAAGAGGUCCCACUGGAAAACCUGGUGCAAAGGGCACUUCAGGAGGUGAUGGCCCCCCAGGCCCUCCAGGUGAAAGAGGACCUCAAGGACCUCAGGGUCCAGUUGGAUUUCCCGGACCAAAAGGUCCUCCUGGACCACCUGGGAAGGAUGGACUGCCAGGACACCCUGGACAACGUGGGGAGACUGGAUUUCAAGGCAAGACCGGCCCUCCGGGACCAGGGGGUGUUGUUGGACCACAGGGUCCAACUGGUGAGACUGGUCCAAUAGGUGAACGUGGGCAUCCAGGACCUCCUGGGCCCCCUGGUGAGCAAGGCCUUCCUGGUGCUGCAGGAAAAGAAGGUGCAAAGGGUGACCCUGGUCCUCAAGGUAUCUCAGGGAAAGAUGGACCAGCAGGACUACGUGGUUUCCCAGGUGAAAGAGGUCUUCCUGGAUCUCAGGGUGCAUCUGGACUGAAAGGAGGAGAAGGUCCCCAGGGCCCACCAGGUCCAGUUGGUUCACCAGGAGAACGCGGAUCAGCAGGUACAGCUGGCCCCAUUGGUUUGCCUGGGCGUCCAGGACCCCAGGGUCCUCCUGGUCCAGCUGGAGAGAAAGGUGCUCCUGGAGAAAAAGGUCCCCAGGGCCCAGCUGGGAGAGAUGGAGUGCAGGGUCCCGUGGGUCUCCCCGGUCCUGCUGGACCUGCUGGCUCUCCUGGAGAAGACGGGGACAAGGGUGAAAUUGGUGAACCAGGACAAAAAGGCAGCAAGGGUGACAAAGGAGAAAAUGGACCUCCUGGUCCCCCAGGUCUUCAAGGACCAGUUGGUGCCCCUGGAAUUGCUGGAGGUGAUGGAGAGCCAGGUCCCAGAGGACAGCAGGGGAUGUUUGGACAGAAAGGUGAUGAGGGUGCAAGAGGUUUCCCUGGACCUCCUGGUCCCAUAGGUCUUCAGGGUCUGCCAGGCCCACCUGGUGAAAAAGGUGAAAAUGGAGAUGUUGGUCCCAUGGGUCCACCUGGUCCUCCAGGCCCAAGAGGCCCUCAAGGUCCCAAUGGAGCUGAUGGACCACAAGGACCUUCAGGGUCCAUUGGUUCAGUUGGAGGUGUUGGUGAAAAAGGUGAACCUGGAGAAGCAGGGAACCCAGGGCCUCCUGGGGAAGCAGGCCCAGGUGGUCCCAAAGGAGAAAGAGGAGAGAAAGGAGAAGCAGGCCCACCGGGUGCUGCUGGACCUCCGGGUGUGAAGGGGCCACCAGGUGACGAUGGCCCUAAGGGUAACCCGGGUCCUGUUGGUUUUCCCGGAGAUCCUGGUCCUCCUGGAGAACCAGGCCCUGGAGGUCAAGAUGGUGUCGGUGGUGACAAGGGUGAAGACGGAGAUCCUGGUCAACCGGGCCCUCCUGGUCCAUCUGGUGAGGCUGGCCCACCAGGUCCUCCUGGAAAAAGAGGCCCUCCUGGAGCUGCAGGUGCAGAAGGAAGACAAGGUGAAAAAGGUGCUAAGGGAGAAGCAGGUGCAGAAGGUCCUCCUGGAAAGACUGGCCCAGUUGGUCCUCAGGGACCUGCUGGAAAGCCUGGCCCAGAAGGUCUUCGGGGAAUUCCUGGUCCUGUGGGAGAACAAGGUCUCCCUGGAGCUGCAGGCCAGGAUGGACCACCUGGUCCGAUGGGACCUCCUGGCUUACCUGGUCUCAAAGGUGACCCUGGUUCCAAGGGUGAGAAGGGUCAUCCUGGUUUAAUUGGCCUCAUUGGCCCUCCAGGAGAACAAGGUGAAAAGGGUGACCAAGGACUCCCGGGAACUCAGGGAUCUCCUGGAGCCAAGGGGGAUGGGGGAAUUCCAGGUCCUGCAGGCCCCUUAGGCCCACCUGGUCCUCCAGGCUUACCAGGUCCUCAAGGUCCAAAGGGUAACAAAGGUUCCACUGGGCCUGCUGGCCAGAAGGGUGACGGUGGUCUUCCAGGGCCUCCUGGGCCUCCGGGCCCUCCUGGUGAAGUCAUUCAGCCAUUACCAAUCUUGUCACUCAAAAAAACAAGAAGACAUGCUGAAAGCAUGCAAGCAGAUGCAGGUGAUAAUAUUCUUGAUUAUUCGGAUGGAAUGGAGGAAAUAUUUGGUUCCCUCAAUUCUCUGAAACAAGACAUCGAGCAUAUGAAAUUCCCAAUGGGUACUCAGACCAAUCCAGCCCGAACUUGCAAAGAUCUGCAACUCAGCCAUCCUGACUUCCCGGAUGGUGAAUAUUGGAUUGAUCCUAACCAAGGUUGCUCAGGAGAUUCCUUUAAAGUAUACUGUAAUUUUACAUCUGGUGGUGAGACUUGCAUUUAUCCAGACAAAAAAUCUGAAGGAGUAAGAAUUUCAUCAUGGCCAAAGGAGAAACCAGGAAGCUGGUUUAGCGAAUUUAAGAGAGGAAAAUUGCUUUCAUAUUUAGAUGUUGAAGGCAAUUCUAUUAAUAUGGUGCAAAUGACAUUCCUGAAACUGCUGACUGCCUCUGCUCGGCAAAAUUUCACCUACCACUGUCAUCAGUCAGCAGCCUGGUAUGAUGUGUCAUCUGGAAGUUAUGACAAAGCACUUCGGUUCCUGGGAUCAAAUGAUGAGGAGAUGUCUUAUGACAACAACCCUUACAUCAAAGCACUAUAUGAUGGCUGUGCGUCCAGAAAAGGCUAUGAAAAGACUGUGAUUGAAAUCAAUACACCAAAAAUUGAUCAAGUACCUAUCGUUGAUGUAAUGAUCAAUGACUUUGGUGAUCAGAAUCAGAAGUUUGGAUUUGAAGUUGGUCCUGUUUGUUUUCUUGGCUAAGAUUUGAACAAAGAACAUAUAAAACCAACAGAAAAUUUACCUUGGUGCCACCAACCCAUUUUAUGCCACAUGCAAGUUUUGAAUAAGGAUGUUAUAGAAAACAACUUGAUACGUAUAUUUGUACUACUUAGGAAAUAUUGAUGCCCUUGCUGGGGCAAAAUUACAUGACAAAAGCUAUGAAAAUCAUAAAGAUUAUAAGAUAGUGUGGCUGAAAUAGAAAACAGGGCUGAUUAAUGAUUCCCCAAUUCUCAUCUCUCCUUUUUCUAUUUGAAUUUCUUUGGUGCUGUAGAAAAAAAGACAAGAGAAAAAUAUAUAUUCAUAAAAGAUAUGGUGCUCAUUCCCAUCCAUCAAGGAUGUGCUAAAAUAUUGUGUUUAAUAAACUGUAAUUACUUUAUGUACAGUUAUAUACUGUUAUCUAUAUGUCCAUUUCCAAAACUUGCACGUGUCUCUGAAUUCCAUCUGACUCUCAUUUUAUGAAAAUUACAAAACUAUCAUGGCAAUAAAUAUAUGUAUUAUGAAAAAAUAAAGUUGUAAUUUCUGAUGACUCUAAUUCCCUUUCUUUGAUUAAUAAAAAAAUGCCUUUGUAUAUAUUGAUGUUGAAGAGUUCAGUUAUUUGUAUUCGCCAACAAAAAUCUCAGAGGACAAAAACCUGGAAGACUUUCAGAAGCACACUCAGAUUAACUCUUCUCUGCUGACAGUAACUUUUACUGAAUUUCAGCUAAAAAUAUUUUGCAUUAUAAUGUUUUAUUCAAUGCUAUACCUCAAAUAUUUUCUUCUCAGAGUCCAGGAUUUCACAGGAUAAUUGUAUAUAUGGAAAAUAAGCAAGUUUAUAUUUUUGGACAGGAAAAUGUGUACAAGAAUCUAUUUUAACAAAUCAGUGCUUCCAUCAAGCAAACAAUCAGAUGUAAAAUUUUUUUCUCUGCCUUGUCUUAUCUCCAUGUUUUCAGUGUGCUUCAUAAUGGAAAUUAAUAUUAAAAAUGGAAACUAAGUAAUUAUUUAUGAAUUUGUGCAAUGGCAGAUUUAUCAACUUGACUUUGAUAAUAAGUUGCAUAUAAUAAUAAUAGUUUCAAAUAUUAUCUUACUUACCCAACAAAUAUUAUUUCUUUUCUUCCAAGAUAAUUUCAUAUACCUUUUAACCUACCUAAUUGCUAAAUACAUGUGGGUGGACUGUUGCUAACAGUGCUUGUUUUAAAAGGCAUACUUACUGAAGACAAUCAAAACAUUUUUUUCAACUGAGUUCUUUUCUUUCAGGUAGCUUGAAAUAGAAGUAAAAUUUUAAAAUUACAAACUGAACAUUGUAUCUAUUUUUAAGUAAUAUAUGUAAGACUGGAAAAUAAAUGUUUUAUAAUUUCUUAUAUAAAGUGUUAAAUUAAUUGAUAACAGAUUCCACUGGAACAUU